AUGAUCGUUCUUUCAAUAUUUGCCUUCGUAGUAUUCGUCGUAAUCUACUACAAUGUCUCAUACUACCUCGACCUCUAUCGCAAUGCUCAAAAAGCCAAAGCCCUAGGUUGCAAGCCCAUGCACCGCGUCGCAAACCGCCUCCCAUUCGGCCUCGACCAGAUUAACAUCGAGAAGUCUGCCUUUGAUAAACACAAGUACCCAUACAUGUUAGAGGAAACAUGGGCGGAGCGAGCUCCUGUUACGACCUCAGAGAUGUUCGCACUUGGAGCAUGGCAAACACGGACAGUUGACCCGGUGAACAUCCAAGCAAUACUCGCGGGCCAAUUUGCGGACUUCGAUCUUGGGAAGUUUAGACAGCAAGCUACAGCGCCCUUCUUGGGCCAAGGAAUUUUUACGCAAGAUGGUGCGGCGUGGAAACAUUCGAGGGAGAUGCUGCGGCCGCAGUUCUCUGGUGCGCAGGUGAGGGAUUUGACGAGUGUAGAGUUCCACGUCCAGAGACUUUUAGAUGUGCUACCACGGAUGUCGAGUGUUGAUGAUUGGAGUAAAGAGAUCGAUCUUCAGCCGCUGCUUUUUGCGUUGAGUUUGGACACAUCUACGGAAUUUUUACUCGGGAAGUCAGCGGAUAGUCAACUGGAGAAUGUUCAAACUGAAAAAGAGGUCGUGAAGGCGAAAGGCUUCGCUACCGCGAUCGACGAGGCGACCAAAGGAACUUCGGCGAGGUUCAUGUACGGUCCCUUUUCGCCGUACGUAUUUCCGAAGGGGUGGAUGAGUGCUGUCAACAUCGUUCAUAGUACCAUUGACGGCAUUGUGAGCGAAGCGCUUGUGAAAGCUCAAAAUAAAAUGUUACUGGAUGAUAGAAAGCCAGAGGAGAAGAGGAGUCGGUACGUCUUUCUCGAAGAACUGAUAAAGGACACUCAAGAUCCAAUCGAGCUUCGUUUCCAGAUCCUCAACAUCCUUAUCGCAGGUCGAGACACCACCGCUUCAUCUGUCAGCUGGGCCAUUUUCGAACUCGUUCGUCAGCCACAAAUUUACCAAAGACUCCGAAAGAUCAUUCUACAUGAAUUCGGGACUUAUUCGCAGUGUAAGCCAGAACGAGACAUUACAUUCGCCAAAAUGAAAGCCUGUUCGUAUCUUCAAUAUGUCAUCAACGAAACUUUGCGACUCUAUCCACCGCUUUUAGUUAAUACGAGAGUGGCUAACAAAGAUACGACUUUGCCUCGUGGUGGAGGUCUUGACGGUUCGGGCAAGGUGUUUAUCCCUAAAGGCAGACCCGUGAUGUAUGCUGUAUGGGUUUUGCAUCGCAACGAGGCUCUGUGGGGCAAGGAUGCACAGCAAUUUAGACCGGAGAGGUGGGAUGGAAGAAAAAUGGGUUGGGACUAUGUGCCUUUCAACGGCGGCCCUCGAAUUUGCCUUGGACAACAAUUUGCAAUGACUGAGAUGUCAUACAUCUUGAUUCGCCUUCUCCAAAGGUUUGAUAAGAUGGAAAACAUGGACACGUCUCCAAUUCCACUUCACAACUUAGGCACUACAAAUUGUAGCGCCAAUGGAGUGAAAGUGAAGCUGCACGAAGCUGAAAAGUAA